CCAGGUGCAAAGCUUUAGCAUGGUUUAGGCAUGGGCACGUUGAUAAAUCCAUUGUUCAUCUGUCACACCGACUGCCUCUGCAUAUAGUUGUGUCUCCGGCCUCGUGUUAUUACUCUAACUAGCCAAUCGUUAGGCCGGUGGUGUUGUGGUCAGUUCCAUUGUUGGCAAACUUGUCUGCAAAGCUAUAACGUCCAUUGAAAGGAGCCAGGACGGUGAUCAUUCAUUGACGUAGAGGAUCCAAGAUGGUGAAAAUAUUCAUUGGAAACUUGUCGUCCGACACAACAUCAGAUGAACUCCGCUCUCUGUUCUCCCAGUAUGGCAAGAUUUCAGAAUGUUCUAUUGUGAAGAACUUUGGCUUUGUGCACAUGGAUGACAAAGCAGAGGCAGAAGAAGCUAUACGCAACCUUCACCAGUACGAGCUUAAUGGUCAGCCAUUAAACGUAGAAUUGAGCCGAGGGAAGGCAAGAGGAUCUACCAAGCUCCAUGUUGGCAACAUUGCAUGCACCAAUCAGGAGCUGAGGGCCAAGUUUGAAGAGUAUGGCGCUGUACUGGAGUGUGACAUUGUUAAAAAUUAUGCUUUUGUUCAUAUGGAGCGAGUGGAAGAUGCCAUGGAGGCUAUUAAUAAGUUGGACAACACAGCUUUUAAAGGAAAACUGAUGAGCGUGAAGCUUUCAACUAGCCGCCUGCGUACUGCGCCGGGAAUGGGAGACAGAUCGGGUUGUUAUCGUUGCGGGCAGGAAGGCCACUGGUCCAAAGAAUGCCCUCUAGACCAAAAUGGCUACCAGAGAAAUGGCUCAGAGCCAAACUCUGAUGGAUACGAUUCCACGAGAUUUGGCGGGCGUGGUCGCAGCAGGGGUUAUCCGGACUUCAGUGCCGCUCCAGAUUAUGAUGGCAGCUACGGUCCUGGUUUUUCCCGGGUUUCUGCUCAAAGCAACAGCAUGGCGGGUUACAGAGGAGGUACAGGCUAUGAGAGCGGAGUGAGAUAUGGGCCACCUCCAGGUUAUGGCAUAAGCGCUGUCGCUGAUCAUACCGUGGCUCGGAUGUACGGCAGUGAGUCCGCAUACAGGAGCAGCGGCUCAGUCUAUGGCGCGGUACCAGCCUAUUCGGUGCGACGGUCGCCCUACGACGAAAGGGAUCCGUACGGGGUCGUGGACUACUACGAGAAGUACAGGGCCAGUUCUUAUGGAGGCAGUUAUUAUGACGACCGCCGUGGUGUCCCCGUGCCUGGUCCAUCAGCAGCAUCCUCUACAGCUGUGAGGGAACGUGUUCCCCCCUCUAGCAUUGAUCCAUACGUGUGUCCUCCCCUCCCUCCUCCACCAGCCCCAGUUUCUUCAUACUACGCACGUGAUCGGAGUCCGAUACGGAGAGUCGCUGGCGACGCGGGUGGAUACGCAUUUGAGCGGUCGCGGCUUUCCCCGGUGCCCGUGGCCCCCAGAAGUGGUACCUACGAGCAUUUGCGGGAUCCUGUUGCUGAACGGGCACGAUUUGCUUACUAAAACUUUUGUGUAAUUUAGCUGAGUGGGAGCUGAUAACGAUCAAGCAAGCAGAAUAGCCUAAGUGCCACUGGAAUAACAGAGUUUCACCUGAUGGUUUCUGAGUCAGAAUGCUUUUUUCUGUGUAUUACACAUGUGUGGGUUGGCAAACUUGACAUUGGGCACAAGGAAUUAGCCAAUAGGUAGAUCUCUAUUCAGUGAAGUGUAUGGAAUAUUAUGCUGUGUUCCCAUUCCAAGUUAUCUUGCGGUGCAGUAAAAUAACGUAAUUUCAUUUUUGUACUGUUCUGUUGUAAUUGUGCACUUCUAAAAUGAGCCAGUAUGUAAAAGCAGGGUUUAGGUUUCAUUUAUGUAAGAGCAGACGUUUUGUCCUUUUUACAAGUUUACCGCAUAUUAAUAUACGCCUCAACCAAACUAGUGCAUGGUGAAUGUUUAAAGGUCAAACAUUUUUACAACUGUUUCCAUUGUGUCUUGUCCAUUCUAGUGUAUUGUGACAGUGAAGUUCACAUUGUUACAACAUAGAUUUCCAACAACUGCGGAUGUAGUUUAACUUCUGAGUGCAUCCAAACAGUAAUCCAAAAUCAGUCAAGCCGCAUAGCUUAGUAGAUUUGUUUUGUUAGGGGGUGGGGCUUGGUUUGAAAAAAAUCGUGUUUCUGGGAACAUUUGUUAUAUGAAGUUGCAUUUUGAUCGUUUUUUUUUUUUUUAAACCCACUGAUUUCAUGACUGCGGUGAGGCUAGAGGUCCUUGUCUUGUAAUGCUAUGCAGUCCGAAAACAAAAUCUUAUUAGAAAAAAUAGAAUCAGAAUCAACUGAUUCAUUUUCACUGUUGUGAUUUUUUAUCUUUUUACUUCCCAGAUCUUUGCUUUGUUUUUUACUAGAGGUCUUAAAGAUAAAUUCAACGUUGUCACCAUGCUGCUUGCACUGCCUGAGUAGGUAGGUGGGCUUUGGUCAACUGUCAAGCUGAGCAUCUGAGUUAGUCUCCUUCCAACUAAAGGUAUUUCACACUAACCAUACUCUGAAAUCUUAUUGUGGGUUUAGCUAGUUCCUUGUCUUUUAUGUAGCAGUUCCUUACUUCAGUAAAUGCAUUAAAGGGUACAGAGGUGAUGUUGGAUACUCUAAGUAGGACGUUAAGGUUACUGAAACCACAUGGCUAGACUGAAAAUAUGGCUGUAAUGAAAUGGCUUUUCUGAGUUUCCAGGUCACUGAUAUUGGCCAUUCCAACCUUUACAUUAUUUUCAAAGCGAUGAUAUGUAGCACAGUAAUUAACAUCUUAAACUCAUGUGCAUGAACAAGAAGUUCCUUGUUUUGUUUUUUUGUGAGGCUGGGAUGUGUUGUGUCCUAAUUAAGAGACCUCAGUUAUUCUCUCUUGUUUUCUCUUCUUUGGAUUCAAAUAAAAUUUUGAAGUGUGAAAGUUAA